AUGGGUCAGGGUUGCCCGGAUUUCAAGGCACAGUCCUGUAUUUUGAAAAACUGUCCCGUGUCCCGGGGAACUUCCAUGCUGGAUGGCUUAGGUCCCAAAAUGAGAGCGAAUGUUUUGCUGGUGAGUUUUCUGACAUAUGCAAUCUUGACCCAGGUUUCUGUGCCGCACAAAAGAAAAAUUUUAGAAUGUGAAAAAGAGGAUUUUCAAGAACGGUUACAAAAAAUUCAACGAAAGCUUCAAUUGAUAUUGAUGAAGAUAUUGAAGAUGAAGACAGUGAUGAGCUUGACGAAGUUGAAAGUGUACAAAUGGAAUGGGUUCACGAAGAAAAUGAUUUUGAUUCUGAUUCAUGGGAUGAUUCAAAUGAUGUAUCAUUUGAAAAAUAUCAAAAAAUGUUCUUCACUGCUUUGUAAAUCAAAGAAGUGGAGAGAUGAUAGACGACGUCUUUUGAAGAUUUCAAUGGCAAAAAUUAGAGGAGUUGAAGAUCCAGAGACUUACUUGCGUCGAUCCGUCCUAAUAAAUAACACUGUCAAGAGACUUCAAAAGGAUGAUACAAAUAACUACAGGUGUCAUCCUUCUGUAUCUUUAUUUCAAACAAAUGCUGAGUACCAGAGCAAUAGCAUUGAUCAAUGGGAAGUAGAGCAUUCCAACAUUGAGGUAAUGUGCAAGGAACAUAUUAAUGAAGAAUCAGCCAGUUUUGAGUUAGUCAGUUCUGUUAGCAAUAAUGAUAGCACAUAUAACUAUCCUGAUGUUCAACAAUUAUCUUUUGCAUCGUCUUGUUCAUUGGAUAAAUCAAUGGAAGGUUAUCAGCUGGAAGUUCUUCCAAGUAUAAACUCUUCAUUUUUUAACAAAAAUUCCGUAGAUGAACAAAGGUUGAAUGAAUCUUCUAUGCCUUCGAGGGUUUUAAAACCAAAUUCUGCAGUGCAUGUAUUAUCUUCUCAACCAUGUGGCUUACAGUAUCGCAAUCCAGCUCAUAACGAAGACCCUACUGGUGAAUAUCAUGAAGCAAAUGGAUCAACUUCAAUUUUAGACUCUGUUGUUUAUCACAGCCUCAUUGCCUCAUUGGAAUCAUGA